AUGGGCUGGGCUUACAACUGGGGCUUCUAUCCUUCUGGAAUCGACAGCAAGUACAGCUACAUUCCUACUCUCUGGAGCACUGAUCCCUCUCACUCCAACGGCUUCGCUGAGCAGGUUGAGACUCUGCUUUCCUCUGGAUCCAAGGCUAUUUUCAGCUUCAACGAGCCCGAUAUUGCCAGCCAGGCCAACAUGUCUCCUGGCGAAGCUGCUUCUGCCCACCAGCAGUGGCUGAACCAGUACUCCGGCAGGGCCCUGAUUGGCGCUCCUUCUGUUUCCAACUCCCAAUCAGCCAACCAGGGUGCCGACUGGCUCAAGCAGUUUGUUGAGGCUUGCGGUGGUAACUGCAAGUUUGACUUCUGCAACAUGCACUGGUACUCUCCUGCCUCUGCUAUCGAUACCUUCUUCUCCCAGAUUGAUGCUGUCAGCUCCGCCUGCGGUGGCAAGCCCGUCAUGAUCACCGAGUUCCAGCCUUCUGGCACUGUUCAGGAGAUCCAAUCUUUCUUGGAGGAGGCACUGCCUAAGCUGGACUCUAACCCCACUGUUAUGGGCUACUCCUACUUCAUGGUUGCUAACGACGGUAGCGCUGAUGGUAAGAACCUGAUGGGAUCACUCACCGCCGCCAGCAACAUCGGCCUCACCUAUGCCACCGCUUAA